AUGCCACACAAAGUCAACGACUCCAACUCAACGUUGGCCAGCAGAGGCAGCGGCGACCAAGUGGUAGCCACGGAGGUCCGGAAUCUGACAGCCAAUCCCGUCCGCAAACCCCCGGUUAUCGUCCACAACAAGGGUGGCCAGAUCUACGACGAGACACGGCCAUCCGACUGGGACAAGCAACGCUGGAAAUAG